UUCUCUUGCCGGCUAAGAACAAAACUAAAUGAGUGACAUCCUCAAAUAUACCAAUCUUACCACUACUCUUAUCGUGCAAGCAACCAAAAAAAUAAUAAUCAAAGUUAGAAAUACAACUCACCCGGUAUUGUCAUAAUACUACCAAUAUGGAUCACGACCAUGCAAUCACCAUCGAGCUCGGGAAGCCAGAGGAGUACGACCAAUCUACCGAGGACAUCACGCCGAGCCCAACACCACGGCCGGCCUCUGAUCAAAGAAACCAGAGACCUCUGUACGCAGCUUCGACCAAGUCCUGCUUCUUCUGCCGCAACACGCUCCUGCUAAGCUACUUCAACUGCUGCGCCGUAUGUCUCGGCACCAUCGAGCGUAGCCAGAGCCGUAAUAAGACCAACGAUGACAACAAUAACAGCAACAACAACAGCAACGAAAGACUAACAUCAGACUCCCUACCCCUGCCUACUACGCAGCCGCGGGAACCUUCAGCAUCGCCAACAACAACACCACCCCCCUAUUCCUCCUCCUCCUCCUCCUCAUCCUCUUCCACUACCGAAAACAACUACAACUCCCCCCCCGCCAAACCCCCCCACUGCCCCAGCCCCUACUGCCGAUACACGCACGCCCGGCCGCUGAUGCUGCUCUUCGCGCUCGGCGAAGCGGUGCCGUCGCUCGGGGGGCUAGCGCUCCUCAACGCGGCGCUGUACCGGCACGACUGGGCGCAGUUCCGGUUCGCGGGCAUGCUGGCGCUGCAGUGGUGGCAGAUCUUCGUGCUGCCGCGGCAGUGGGCGCGCGGGCGCUCCGUCGUCGCCGGGCAGCUCGUCGCGUGCCUGUUCAUGGUGUGGUUUUACGUCGACGGCAGCCGGAGCUGGAGGUGGUGGGAGCCGCUUGCUGUUAGCACUGUGCUGUUGAAGAUUGUGUUUCCUUGGUAG